ACGGCUGUCUUUAACCUUAAGGUAAAUCAACCGUCGGAUGUUCAUCGAACGGCUCACAAUAAAUCUAAUCUCAUAUCUCUCUCCUUUAAAAUAAGACCAAACCUCUUCUCUUCCACUCUCCUCUCCUCUCUCUCUUUAAAAACACAGUGAGCUUCGCCGUUAAAUUUCUCCGGCACCGGAAAAUUGAUAAACGAGGAUAACAUAAAAAUCACUGCAUACUGCUCUUCUCUCUCUGUGUUCGUGAUGCUUGUUACGGCGGCGACGCGACGGUUAGUGUAUUGCCGGAGAUAUCAAGAACCGCGGUUGUGACCGGACGAUUAAUUUUUUUUUUUAAUUGUGUUUCGAAUUUUGGAAGAGAUGGAAGGACAGGCGAAGCUGACGAGGACGCAGUCAUCGCUGCUCCGGUCAUCGUCGACGGUGCGAUCGUCUUUUCUUAGCUUAAACGGAGAUUUCAGCGAAGUCACUCACCAGAAACAGGAUCUAGAAGCCGGAGAGAAAGAAGAGAAACAGAGGAGAAAACCGCCUAAACCAUUCGGGUCAAGUCCUCGAACCGGGCUAAACCGGAUCAAUACGGGUCUAGCCUUCACUAUGGUGUCUCUCUCGUUCCUCAGCCUCUCGUCUUUCUUCUUCUUCGUCGUGUUCUCCCAAACCGAGGAGCUUCUUACCUCCGAGAACCUCCUCCUAGCUCUGAUAUUUGUCGCCGUCGCUCUGUUCUUCGCGUCCAAGAACAUCGCGCGUCUCAACCGAACCGUACUCGCAGUCAAACAAAUCUGCGACGAAACCACCAGAAGCUUAGGCUUUCAGAGCAAGAACCGGUCUAAACCGGUACAGUGGUACAUCGGCGAUUCCGAUACCAAACCGGAGAAGAAAACCAAACGGCUAGUUAAAGAAGGCGUGCAAUUCUACAGCAAUGGAGAUUUCUACGAAGGAGAGUUUCACAAAGGGAAGUGUAAUGGCAGUGGUGUGUACUACUACUUCGCUAGAGGACGGUACGAAGGUGCUUGGGUCGAUGGGAGAUACGAUGGUCAUGGGAUCGAGAGCUGGGCUAGAGGGAGUAGAUACAAAGGUCAGUAUAGGCAAGGUCUUAGACAUGGUUAUGGAGUUUAUAGAUUCUACACUGGUGAUUGUUAUGCUGGUGAGUGGCUAAAUGGUCAAAGCCAUGGGUUUGGUGUUCAGUCUUGUGCUGAUGGUAGCUCUUAUGUUGGUGAAUCAAGAUUUGGUGUCAAGCAUGGGCUUGGAUCUUACCAUUUCAGAAAUGGAGAUUGUUAUGCAGGAGAGUACUUUGGAGACAAGAUUCAUGGGUUUGGUGUGUAUCGUUUUGCUAAUGGUCAUUGUUACGAAGGGGCGUGGCAUGAAGGUCGUAAGCAAGGGUAUGGUGCUUACUCGUUUAGAUCCGGUGAUGCUAAAUCUGGUGAGUGGGAUUCAGGGAGUCUUGUAACUUCUCUACACCCUACGAGCGAGCCGGUUCGCAGAGCGGUUCAGGCUGCUAGAGAAACGGCUAAGAAGGCAGUGAACCGGAGACGAGUAGAUGAACAAGUGAGUCGAGCCGUGGCUGCAGCUAAUAAAGCUGCAACGGCUGCAAGAGUGGCUGCUGUUAAAGCCGUUCAGAAUCAGAUGGAUGGUAAAUUUUGUCAAAGUUGAAACAUUUGGGUGAAAGAAAGAAAAAUUGUAAAUCUUUUUUUUUGGUUUGAUGUUGAUUUCGGUUUUGUUACCGGUUUUCUUUGUAACCCUGAUUGAGCUAAAAGAAAUGGAAAAGCUUGUUUCAGAGGUUUUUAACAUAGUAAUUUUCGAUAUUAAUUACUUCUUUGACAACAAUCUGUACAUAGAAGUAGUAUAAGAAGAUGAAGAUGAAGAUGGUUGUUGUCUUUUGUGUUGUAAAUGAACGGCUUUAUGAUGGAAUCUUUGGGAAGAAGUGAUGUUGAUUGAUAUUAUGAUCUUGAUCUGGAUCACUGACAUGUCUUUCUUUUAGAUAUUACACAAUAAUGGUAAUAGUUUAUUGCUACUUGGUUGCCCAAGAAAAACUAAAAAUUUAGGAGAAGGAGGAAGAAGAUUCUUGUUCGGCGCUAAGCUUGCGAUUCCCCAAAACCUAUCGGUUAAACUAAUCACCCCGUGUCGUGAUCCAAAAAAAUACUACACCUCUUCUCAAAAAUAAAAAUAAGAUUUUCUAGAGAUUUUAUGAUUAUUAAAAAUAUAAUAAAUGUUUACAAUUUAAUUUAUUAUUUAUUUUUUUACACACUAUCCAAUUACUCUUCACCAAUUAAAUCUAAUCAAUUCAAAUAUUUUUAAUUAAUAUUUAUCAAAAGUAUACAAAAAUAUCUUAAAAAUAUAUAAAAUCUAUUUUUAUGAAACAAGAAAAAAAUCUAAAAAAUCUUACUUUCACAAACAGAGAGAGUAUUAAUAAUUGCAUUUGCAAUUUUGCAUUGAUACUACGACAUGUUUAUGGUCUAUGCUCGUAAUGUCAAAAUACAAUGCAAUAAUUCUAUUUUUCUGUAUGUUUAGCUAUUAUGUUAGCUAGCCAAACAAUGGUGGUUUGUGAAAGAGGUUGCUUUGGGAAAAGAUGUAAAUUUGUUGGUUUUGAGACUGGUUUCUGCGGAUAUUAUUUGGCUAAAGCUAGUUAAAGUAAGCUUCAGCCGAACACUUCUAGUUAUAAAAAGUUGUGUUAGGUGUUAGCUGAAGUUUUGUUAUCUUCAAAAAUUUCAGUUUUAUUUUCUUUUGCAAUAUCAUAGUUAACACUUAGCAGUCAAUAUUUUUUUUUCCAAAUACUAGGUUAGAUUGAAUCACUCUGCAAAUACACAUCAUUGUAUCUGACUUUUGUAAAAUGCGGCUGCCAAUAUGAUUUUUGAAAAUGUUUAAUAACUUUUUUUUGUCAACUUCUUUUUAUUAAAGUCCAACAGACUAAGAUUACAAGCAUACAAACCUAAGAUUAAUACAUUCGGCCCAUUACGAAGCCCAAACACAUAAGAUUAGGAUUCCCGCAUGUUCGACACGUUGUGCUUGCGUGGCCUCGCCUCUGCAGAAACGAAGAAAGAGAUUGCGCCGCCGGAGCUCAUCACCGGACGAGGAACCAUCAAACUCACUUCUCGCCUCGUUUGUAGUGCUUGCACGCCGCUCCUUCUUCUAAUCGCCAUUGAUUCACCAAGGAUUCUUCAUCACUUGCUAGAGAUUUAUCCAGGAAAAGCUUCAGAGAGAAUCAAACACUGCACCUUGCCGGAACACUUUCCUAAACGGGAAGCUCCGCCUCAUCUGGAACUGCUUCAAAACGUCCGAGCUUAUACACAUCUUUGGUCUUGAUUUUUUGGGAAACUCCGCUUGAGCUAAGGCGAAGAUUGAUUCCUAUCCAGAAUCACGAACAAAGCUUUCUAACAAAGUGAGAUAAAAUCCUCAGAGAUCUUACG